AUGUCGAUUGCCUUCGAGAUUCCAGCCAAGCGUGUAUUGUCUAGCACCCAGUUAACUGCAUUUCAAUCGUCUGCUACUUACAAUACCAUCACAUCGUACAUCGAGGUUCUGAAUGCUUCCGUGGUGGGUGUGAAGCUUACCGACGCGCACCCGGAAUCUCUAGGGAUAAAUGCCAUCCUCCGCUUGUUAGAUCGAAUAGAGCAACUGGCUCAUGAGACUCCCCCGGUGGAGAACAAGGCAUCAAGAUUUGGCAAUCCGGCUUUCAGGUCGUUCUACGACAAAGUCCAAACUCUGGCACCGUCGUUGCAUGCUGACCUUCCCGGCCUAGAUCAAAAUGCUACGCCCGAAUUAACUACCUAUUUUUCGCAGGCUUGGGGGAAUCGAGAGCGCAUUGACUAUGGGAGUGGUAUGGAAUUGAAUUUUCUUUGCUGGCUGAUAUGCCUAGAUCGUCUGCAGGUCGUUACGGCAAGUGAUCACACCGCGCUUGUUACUCUCGUGUUUUGGAGAUAUAUUCAAAUCAUGCGCGUACUUCAGUCAACGUAUUGGCUAGAACCCGCUGGAUCUCAUGGCGUCUGGGGUCUGGACGAUUAUCAUUUUUUACCCUUCCUCUUUGGUUCUUCACAGCUACGCGGACACAAGUUUGUACGACCGAAGGCCAUACAUGAUCCAGAGAUCGUAGAUGAACUAUCAAAGGAUUAUAUGUACUUCUCUUGCAUAAAGUUCAUCAACUCCAUCAAGACGGCCUCACUUAGAUGGCACUCACCAAUGCUGGAUGAUAUAUCAGCAGUGAAAACUUGGGAAAAAGUCAACUCCGGAAUGAUCAAGAUGUAUCAAGCAGAGGUCUUAGGGAAGCUGCCUGUCAUGCAACAUUUCCUGUUUGGAUCCAUUCUUCCAUACGAAGGACCGCCGCCUCCAUCUUCCGACGAAUCGCAUCACGGAGAUGGACAUGCACACGAAGGAUGGGGUGAUUGUUGCGGUAUACCCGUACCAAGUGCAUUUGCGGCAGCCCAAAUGGAGCGAGAGCCAGGAAAGAGGAUCGAGGGUCCAGGCAUCCGUCCUGUGCCGUUUGAUUGAAGCGGAAUUUGUGAGGAUGGUUUCCAAGUCAUGACAGUGCCUCCAUCACGAACAUCAGUAGGUUCAAUACUAUACAUUACUCAUAAAUAACCUGGUCGGCGCUCGCGAUCAGAAGUUGUAGCUUUCGAUCAUUUUCCAAGUUGGGGCCAAAACUAUUUCAAUGGAUGUGACACCACGUCGGCUUGAUUUUGUUGUCUCUAUUGCCAUACGGCGUCUGAUCUCAUCAGAGUCAUCCGACUACCAUCCUGCCUAUGAUUGCUUUUUCUGAACUGGCUG